GUGGAAGGGAGGCCGACUUUGCGGACAUAGGCAUCCGUGAUGAAGUUGUCGGUGGCACCAAUGUCGAGAAGGGUCCGGAACUUCACCGUCGAUGCUCCAAAGGAUACGGCGACGAACUUGAGCUGGAACUGGGCGGUUCUAGCACAAACGGAGGAGAUCAUGGCGUUGAGGUGGCGCUGCACGAGGCCUAAUCUAACAAGCCGAGUGUGUCGGUUUUGUUCCUCAACGAGAUCGGAGAAAGUGAUGGUGGAGGGGUUGGGGAGGAGGGUAGUGGAACAUGUGGCCGUGGGGUGCUCAGUCAACGGAAUAGAGGACGUCGUCGAGAGGAGGGCAGGCGGAGUAGACUGCGACGCCUGGGGGGUGUCCAGUGUGAAAGUCUUCGCCGAGGGAGGGAUUGGCAGACGAAUUGUUGAUGCCAGGACAUGGCUACAAGGGGCGGGGGGACAGUGCUUAAGAGGAGGAGGGUCCAGAGGCCGCGGUGGAGGAGGAGGAAGUGGAUGUGGGAGGGCUGGAUCCGGUGGGGUGGGAAGUCUGGUGGGUGGAGAGGCCAGCCUUGGGGCAAUUGGUUUGUUGAUGCCCCAGCUGGCGACAACGGAAACAACCGCCGUUGGUCUGAAGGAAGGUGCGUUCGGCGGGGGUGAGCUUCUUGAGACGAGGGGGUUGGGGGGAGGAGGAAAGUUGGGAGGCCAGGCGUUGUCGUUCCAUCCUCAUGAGAUGGACAGCCUGGAAGUCUUCCUCCGUGAAUUGGGCUGGGUCAAGGGACUCGGGAGAGGAGUCAAAGUCGUCGUCGGAGGGGACGGCGCCUUGGAGGCGGGAGGUUGCGGUGGGGAGCCAAUGAGCGAGGGGCAUGUUGUGGAGGUCGAAAGCAUUUUGGACUUGAGAGAGGAAAAGGAAGACGUCCUCGUGGGGGAGGCCGGAGAACGUCGAGAUAUCGGUGGCGCGGAAGGAGCGGGGAAUGUCCCCGUUGCGGGGAACGAUGCAAGCGAGGUUGUUGAAGUUGCGGUCGUCAGGAGAGGUGUCGUAGUAGGUGUGAUCCUAACUGCGGUCACCAAGGAGGUAGCAAGAAGGAUGUCGGGGUAUGGCGAGGUAAACACCCGAAAGGACUUGGGAGAUCAAGGCGGCAAGGGUGACGGAGUGUUGACGUGGCACGACAUCGAUGAAGAUCUCGGCGAGAAACGCCGGGGGGAGAUCACGGCGGCGACGAUGGUCCAGGUGGCGAUGAUCACGGCGGCGAUGAAGAUCACAGCGGCGUCGAAGGUCUUCAGCGGCGAUGGAGGGAGCAACCAGCUCCGAUACCAAUUGUGGAAAGGGGUUGCAUCUGGGGGAAAGGUGGGAGGAAGGUUGUAUUGCUUGUACUUGACUGGGUCAACCAAAGGCUGUGAGAGUCUCCAUAAGAUUGGAGGGCUCAGUGCUAUGUUUAUUUUCGAUUGUAUGAAGGACUAUACAGAAGCUAGCCAGUAUGCUAUGGCUACAAGCAGUGUUAGCCACAACGUCAGCGGUUUGGUUAGUGGCGAAAGGAAUGGAGAUAUCUACCGUAUGUCCAAGAUGCAGGUGGGGGUGGGAGACCUCGAGACACCUAUGGCUUACUUGCCCUGCGUCAAGGCGUAUCUGGGAUUGGUGGAUGCAACACUGGUCAGACGAAUGGAUCUUGAUAGGCUGCAUUGGAGGGAAUCAGGACUGGAAAUAUGUGGCCCAGAUAGCAAGAGCAGAAAUCAUGAAGACAAUCUGGGAGGAUAGAAACAACCAACUGUUUCGAAGUCAGUGCAUGUCCGACAUACAGAUCAAGAAACAAAUCAUGGCGGAUUUG